AUUUCAUGGGAAACGAAAUGCAAUAUAAAAGUGCGCCCAAAUGUUAUCCAAUCAUUAGUAGUAAUCUAGUGAAAGGAAAUCAGCUGAGGUGAAAAUGGAACGAUUUGCGCUGUUCAUAACGCUCUGUGUCUUAACAGCACAGGCGUUACCAGAUCGUACCUCGAGGAUAAUCAAUGGACAUUCUACCACUCACCAACCCUUCAAUGCGUACGUUUUGUAUCUGAAUGCCCAAAACGCUGGAUUCUUCGGAGGCGGCUCACUCAUUUCCGAUCGUCAUAUUCUUACAGCUGCUCAGAACAUUUAUGGAUAUACUCGAUGGGAUAUUGGACUAGGAAGUAACAUCUUUACACAACUUGCAACAAUCACCUCAACACAAGCGAUCGCACAUCCCAAUUUUAAUCAACAAAAUCGUGCAAACGAUAUCGGCGUCAUUACAUUGCCCAGUUCAGUUGUUUUCACGCCGUAUGUUUCCCCCAUUUCGCUUCCGGCUUUGAAUGCUCCAACUCAAUUGCCGCUUGAGAACGAAGAGGGUCUCAUUGUUGGCUUUGGUUUUACUUCCGGCAGUUCAACCACCCGAUCGGACUUUUUGUUGCGUUCAUUCCAACGUGUAACUUCAAACAACCGAUGCCAACAGUUCUACCAAAUAACUGUUCCGAAUCACUUCUGCGGUGAAGACAACAUUGAACGUUCGAAUGUUUGCAACGGUGACAUGGGAGCAGCUUUCGUAACCAGCGAACGUGGUCGACUGUUUGCAGUCGGUAUUGCUUCUCUGAUAACACAUAGUUGUGACUCACAGAGUCCCACAGGAUAUACGCGUAUUGCGCCUUAUAGACAAUGGAUACAACAAGUGGCCUUCAUUUAAAUUUGCUCCCACCUGUCGGCUAGAUUUACGCAAAUACAAACAUUGCACAAACUAAAUAUCUGACUUUCUG